UGGGCACUUCCCCUCUGUAAAGGAUUAUCGCUGUCCUGCCUCUGUUUACUCUCCAAGUAAAGGACCUACAGUUAUUCAUCGUCUCUGUACCCUUCCCCACAACUGCAAGGAUCCAGAGGACGAUACAAGAAGACACAGAAGGCAGUGGAUCGAGUGGAAGUUCCUCCAGGAGAUUGGCGAGAUUUGCAAGGUUUGGGCCGGCAAGGAGAAGAAGAAGAGGGGGACAAAGAUCGGCAGGCUGCCGACACCCACCGCCUCGGCUCUGCACAUCACGUGCAAUGCCCUGCCCGCCUCCUGCAGGGACAUCAUCCUCCGCAAGAUCCCCGGGGUCGAGUAUGUGUGCAUGGGGAAGGCCAACUCUGACCCGACUGAGCACUCUUUCGGCAAGCGCCGCACCAUGUGCGGCGCCAACUACUGGACGAGCGUGCAGAACUUCAUGGUGAGCAACAGGUUGGCCCAGCGCCUGCAUUUGCUGAAGCUCGUCGGGUUCUUCCCCGGGGACGUGCAGGCCGACCUGGACCGGGCCAAGGCAGAGGAGAAGGAGGACGACGAGGUGAUCUUGGCCCAGCUUGCCAGGGAGCUGGCCGACGACCAGCCGGACCCGCCGACGGACGAGUUGCUCCUCGCCGUGGUCGGCAACUACGCCGGCUACCUGGCCAGGAAGGUCCAGGCCAACUCCUCUGUGGCCGAGUGCUGCAAGCAGGAGCUUGCCCAGCAGGAGGAGAUGAAGAUUACCGUGGAGCUCGAGAGGGCGACCCGCCCUCUGUGAUGUUCGACGCCCUGGUCGAGCUGGUCGACAGGGGAGAGCUGGAGACGGGCCGGCGGUCCUGAAGCGGCCAGCUCUCCCAAGGGCCCACAUGGCGUCCUUCGGGAUGUCGCUGUGGGACUCCCUGAUGUGCAGGGAGGACAAGAAGGAGCGCAGG